CUGAAUAGAAUCGCGAUGCACCGGCCCAAGCACACCACAUCAUUUGCUGUCUUGUUCUCUUUUGGGAGGUGGUGACCGACUGUGCGGUAGGUCUACCAUCUUGCUUGUGCAUAGACAGUUGAUGGUGCCCUGAUGCAAGAGUCCAAAGGCCCCAAGACACUCGGCUGCGGAGGCGCUGCUUUGAUUAGCGGACAUUCAGCGCGGACCACCCGCACCCAUCAGGCCUCAAGAUGUCCAUAUAUUGUUGCAAGCAUCCGUCUCAGCUGGAAGGUACUGUGGACAAAUAUGUUCGGGCCCAUAGAGCGAUGGACCGUGCCAGCGACCUCGACAGGAGACAUACUCCCAGGACCAACCCAUUGUUCCCUGCACACCAACAGCGAGAAGAUGAGGACCAGGAGUCACAUCGUCAACGGCAGCCCCGUCCCGGACAGGCUGCUGAACAACAACAGAUACCACUCCAUCGUCGCAGCAGCUCCCUGCGAUCUAACAACGAUGUCGUUCGACUGGGGAAUCCCGGGGCGCACGAGUUGUCGCAUUCGCCCUUUCCCAUGCACGGAAACAGCUUCGUCCAGCGUGCGGUCCAGUACUAUGUGAAGCAGUACUCUCCGACGACGAUUCAGCGUCCUCAUUUUGUUGGUGCGGGCCCAGACCUGACCCUUUUGCGCGACUACAUCCCCUUCGUCAUGAACGAUCGCAUGACCUUCUCGGCGCUUGUGGCCAUGGCCUCCUUCAGCGCCAACAUUGCUGCCACUGGCAGUCGCGAGGCUCCCUCUGAGUCUCUGAGGUUCUAUCAGGCGGCUGUCUCGUUGUUACGGGACCGGUUGACCAAUGAGUCGCAGCGGGCCAGCGAUGCCAUCGUCGUGACUCUAGCCAGCUUGUGCGCGUUUGAGGCCUUUACGGGAAACUAUGAUGCGGUUGACAUGCAUACACUGGGCAUCAAGCAAGUCGUCGCUCUUCGAGGUGGCACUGGCCAAUUAGGUUUCGAGGGAUACCUGAAGACCGUGGCAACCGCAUGGCAGAACUUUUACGCAGCUCGACAUUCCAUCUCCUUGACCGACCCGCGAUUCUUUCCUGAAGACGGAAACUUCACCUACCCAGAACAUCCCUUCGAUCCCGAAUUGUGCGAUGUUAUUGCCCGUUUUCCAGCUGGACUGACUGACAUAGCCUUGUCGGGCACGCUGAGUCAUCAGAUCAUCAACCUUGUUGCCCACGUCAACAAUUGGGUGCAUGAGGUGAAUGUCUCUCUCAGAGACUCGGACGUGUACAACCUGCAUGACUUGUCCCAGAGUUCUCGCAAUGUCACCCUGUGCGGCGAGUUCCUGCACAAGCGAGGGUUGACCAUUGUCGAGCAACUCCUCGUGCUGGCCCUGACUGCCUUCUGCUAUUCCACAGACUCGACACGGGCCAUGUUCUACCUGACAAAUGCUUACCUCCAGAUUCGAUGCAAGUACAUGCGGACGCUGUAUAUUGAGGUGACGGAGCGAAACGAGGCAUUCAUGACCUGGGUCUCCACCAUGCUUCUUGCCACGUUCGACCCAGCAGCACAGCCUUGGUUUUUGGGUCUAUCGAUCCUGCGAGCACGACCGACACUGCGAGACUGGCAAGCAAACGUCAGAAUUUCGGAAAAUUAUUUCUGGAAUGAUGGUCUCUCGCUGAAAUUGGCAUCGAAACUCGGUCACCUGAGAGGAACCGAACGCCAGGGCCAGGGCUGAUACAGCUGGAACCCUGUGCGUUAACCUUUAUGCAGCUCUGCACCUGCAAUGGGACGACACAAUGGAACAAAAUGGGGAUGGGGCACCUCGAUCACGGACGGGUUCGACAAGGCCAAUAAUAGUCCAAUACCAACCGUCGACAUCAUUUGCUUACCUCGGCAUCCCAACAAGAGAACCCUUACAGGACUCACAAUAAUCUCCAGUCAAUAUGCUCAAUACGCGAGGAGCAUAAAACCACACUCGUAGCCGUCCACCCUCGAGGUGCGACUACUGCUGUGGGCUCAGACUGCAACACAACACAACCUUCGCAAAGGUUUGGUUGGACCUUGCCGCCAUUAGAUAGAAUUCAUCUAAGACAGCAAAUGGCUCCGUGCGAGGAGUAAUGGAAGCUGAAGGCCUUGGUUGUAACUAUCGAC